CACAGACAGACAGCAGAAGUCAACCAAGGAAUUUCUGCUACAGCUGAUUCGAUCGCCAUCUUUGGCGCUAACAUAAACAACACCAGUGAGUCUCGCGUUGGCAUUCUGGAUGCAUAGCGCCGUUUGGAAGAAAGCGACAACUGUCUCUUCGCUGCGGCACUGAGCUUCUCCCAGAAAAUGACGGACUAUCUGAUCACUUGAGCCACCGUGUCAGUGAGAGAUGGGGAUCCGAGGUGGAUUUCCUCACCGGGAGGGAGAGGAGCUUUAAAAGGGGGGCGGGGCGGGGCGGUGAGGGCAGCGGAGGGGCCUUGCUGCUCGUCUGCCCGGAGGAGAUGGACCAGGAGUACGAGAGGCGGCUGCUGAGGCAAAUAAACCCGCAGAACGUGCCAACAGAGGCCGGCCACGCAAAGUGUGUGAGCGCCACCUGCAGUCCGGUCAGUGUUAAGUCGGGGGAUCGCUUCAUCCCCACCCGCGCUGGAAGCAACUGGAGCAUCAAUUUCCACUACGCCAAUGAGAACUGUCGCUCCCCAAAUCAGAACCACAAAGCAAAGGAUGCCAGUUCAGACUCGAGCAAAGAUGCGGUGGCGUACGCUGCCCUGCUGAGGAAUGAGUUACUGGGGGCGGGGAUAGUAUCUGUGCCGGACCCCCACACGGACGACCGGCGGCAGGCAGUCCUCUCUCACGCCUCUCACAGCCUUUUUAGGUACACUGUCCACACGAAGAGAGUGCCUUUUGAUAGCGACAAUGAGGUCUCACCCUACUCCCUUUCUCCACUUAGUAACAAGAGUCACAAGCUGCUCCGCUCGCCUCGUAAGCCAGCACGUAAGAUCUCUAAGAUCCCCUUCAAGGUGCUGGACGCUCCAGAGCUGCAGGACGACUUCUACCUCAACCUGGUAGACUGGUCUGCGGGGAACCUGCUCAGUGUGGGUCUGGGGGCCUGCGUCUACCUGUGGAGCGCCUGCACCAGCCAGGUGACAAGAUUAUGUGACCUUUCUGUGGAUGGAGACUCUGUUACAUCUGUGUGUUGGAAUGAGAGGGGGAGUCUUGUUGCCGUAGGAACCCACAAAGGUUACGUUCAGAUCUGGGACGCAGCCGGAGGGAGGAAGCUGAGCAGUCUGGAGGGUCACUCUGCACGAGUAGGUGCUCUGGCGUGGAACGGAGAGCAGCUGUCGUCGGGGAGUCGGGACCGAGUGAUCCUGCAGCGAGACGUCAGGACCCCCCCCUCAGCUGAGAGGAGGCUGCAGGGUCACAGACAGGAAGUGUGCGGCCUCAAGUGGUCCCCGGACCACCAGCACCUCGCGUCCGGGGGCAACGACAACAAGCUGCUGGUGUGGAACAGCUCCAGCCUGCUCCCUGUGCAGCAGUACAGCGACCACCUGGCGGCGGUGAAGGCCAUCGCCUGGUCCCCCCACCAGCACGGGCUGCUGGCCUCAGGGGGGGGCACGGCCGACCGCUGCCUGCGCUUCUGGAACACUCUGACGGGCCAGGCCCUGCAGAGCACCGACACCGGGUCCCAGGUCUGCAACCUGGCCUGGUCCAAACACGCUAAUGAACUGGUGAGCACUCACGGCUACUCUCAGAACCAGAUCCUGGUGUGGAAGUAUCCGUCGCUGACGCAGGUGGCCAAGCUGACCGGACACUCCUACAGAGUGCUGUACCUGGCUGUGUCACCAGACGGGGAGGCCAUCGUCACAGGAGCUGGGGAUGAGACACUACGUUUCUGGAACGUCUUCAGUAAGACACGCUGCACAAAGGAAUCGAAGUCGGUGCUGAACCUGUUCACCAGGAUACGAUAGUGAGCAGCCGGUCAGGACUGGGUCAGGAGAAGGGUCCUGAGCUGUGGCUGAAACGCACAGUCACCACCCACACUCACAGACUAGCUCUUACAGCGCUCUCAUCUCAGUGCACCACCAGCACCACAGUCCUCCUCAAACCCCCCUUUUCUACAGAGGCAGACCAACAACAACUGCCCCCCCUCACAGUGACGUCACUGAUUAAAAAACGUAAGCAGUUUACUGUCAGGACAUGUUGUCUGCUUUAAAUAAAGUCAGUCUUGUUAUCUUUUUCUGUUGUGGAAGUGAUGAAAUUGUUUUUAUUAUAUAUUAGCAGAAGUAUACGUGUACAUGAUUAUAAGCUAUAUAAUGUCUCUUUUUUUUAAAAGGCUCUCCUUUGUAACAGAGAGAAGAAGAAGCCUAGCUUGGGUGUGUGUUGGGGGGGAUUUCUAUAUUUUGAUAAUGUGUGAAAAUAAUCUACAAGCAUUAUGAAAGAGAAAAUAAACAAUAAAUAAGUGAACACACACACAGCUGCUCAUGCAGAUGCAAAGAA